UCUCAUUUAAUAACAUAACUUUUUCUAAUCUGUUGUUCUAAACAUUCUCUACCAUGAAGCAUCUUCACUCUCCCCCUCGUGUAACAUGGUCUUCAUCCAUUUCUUCCACAGCACCCUUAACCUGUUCGACGAAAUUCCUAAACGAAAAUCAUCCAAAAUUUUCAAAUCCACCUCCUUUUCGUGUCCAAUCCUUGAAACGGUCUUCAAAGCCUUUAUCUCCAGGGCUUCAGAAGGAUCCUAAGAAGGAUUUGUCACGCAUUCUUCGAACUGAAGCUGCUAUCAAAGGUGUAGAAAACAAAGCCAAGUCGUGGAAGCAUAAACAGCUGUGGCCUAAGGCUGUUCUUGAAGCAUUGGAUGAUGCAAUUAAAGGGUAUCAGUGGGAGAAUGCUCUCAUGAUUUUCGAACUUCUUCGAAAUCAACAUUGGUAUGAACCGAGAUGCCAAACUUAUACAAAGUUGUUGAUGAUGCUUAGCAAGUGCAAGCAGCCUAAAGAAGCUAGUCAGCUCCUUGAGACCAUGUUGUUUGAAGGGCUUAAACCUACUGUUGAUGUCUACACUGCACUUGUAAGGGUUUAUGGUCAAAGUGGUCUCUUUCGUCAUGCAUUUUCUAUUGUUGAAGAUAUGAAAUCAGUUGCUGAUUGCAAACCAGAUGUUUAUACAUAUUCCGUUCUUAUAAGUUGCUGUGCAAAAUUUCAUCGGUUUGAUUUAAUUGAACGGGUUCUUGUAGAUAUGUCAUAUUUGGGCAUUGAAUGCAACAAUGUGACGUAUAAUUCAAUAAUCGACGGAUAUGGUAAGGCUGGCAUGUUUGAGCAAAUGGAGAAUUCAUUGACAGAUAUGAUUGAAAAUGAAAACUGUCAACCGGAUAUUUUCACGCUGAAUUCUUUGAUAGGAUCAUAUGGAAAUGGUGGGAAAAUUGAUCAGAUGGAGAAGUGGUAUGAUGAAUUUCAACUAAUGGGCAUAAAGCCUGAUAUAAAGACAUUCAACAUGAUGAUAAAGUCGUAUGGCAAAGCAGGCAUUUACGAUAAGAUGAAUGCCGUGAUGGAUUUCAUGGAGAGGAGGUUUUUCACUCCGACGAUUGUAACAUAUAAUACUGUCGUUGAAGUUUAUGGAAAAGCCGGAGAAAUUAAGAAGAUGGAUAACCACUUUAAGAAAAUGAAGCAUUUAGGAAUGAAACCUAAUUCUGUAACGUAUUGCUCGCUUGUAAGUGCGUAUAGCAAAGCUGGGCUUAUUGACAAAGUUGACUCAAUCUUGAGGCAUGUCGAAAAUUCUGAUGUAGUUUUGGACACUCCUUUCUUUAAUUGCAUAAUCAGCGCUUAUGGUCAGGCUGGCGACUUAAAAAAGAUGGGCGAGUUAUUCUUGGCAAUGAAAGAAAGAAAAUGCAAGCCUGAUAGCACCACCUUUGCGUGCAUGAUCCAGGCUUACAAUACCCAAGGCAUGACUGAGGAUGCUAAAAAGAUGGAGGACAUGAUGAUUACUUCCAAAGAUAGCUUAGAUACUAAGUUGAUUGGAUGCUAGCAUGGCCAAUUUUGAUAGCAGACUACACGUAUCUAUUCAUCUAUUUCCACAGUGAUCCUAACUUGGAAAGAUUUGUGAACUUUAGCAGGGUAUCUAUAAUUUUAUUCUAUAUCAGACAUGACAUCGAUGGAGUGUGUACAUUGAACAAAGUGUAUGUUUGGAUUGGCGGUGAGUUCAGCGGAAUCACGGUGUACCGUGAUUAUAGCAAAAGCUAAACUUUAGAGUUUCAACAAAACUUUGGUAUUGCCGUGAGUUCAAACAUGCACUAGGUCACUAGAAGUAGCAUCGGCCAAACUCAAGUGCCCUAUUGAUGGACUAUUUACUCUAUCAUGCAAGAGAUUCACUCAACCAAUUGGUGAUCCAUUCUAGAGUAGAGUAAUCCAUGUUCUUGAGGAGAUGGUUGAUGAUUGAAAGUCUAUACAAAAUCUACCCAGCUUCCUUUCCUCUGCACUGUAAUUAGCAUAGUCUGAUCCUACAAAUACAUAUUGUACAAAUUACUAAUUAGUACAAUAUAGUGAGUUAUAUAUAUUUCAGUUUAUUGAGAGAUGUAAAUUCAUAAUACUUUUCAUCUAUCUAAUAUACUUACUGACCUUGUACU